AUGCCACCAGCCCUUUCCACCCUCCUCACCGCCGUCGCCCUGUCCUCCACAGCAGCAGCCACCCAAAACACCUACGACCUCCAGAUCAGCUACCUCGCCACCAUCGUGCCCCUGCUCCCCGACCCGCUGGGCGGGCCAGGCUGCGGGCUCUGGGCGCAGAUCACCGUGGCGGGCGCCGAACAGCCCCGGGGGACGUCGGCGUCCUGGGCGGCAAGGCGCCGUCGGAACGAGUGUCCUGCCGCUGACCGCGCGCUGUCCUGCGGGCGGUGGGGCGGCUGCCCAUACACGAUGGCGUUCGAGCAGGUGGUGCAUGUGACGGUUCUGUCGGAGAAUGGCGGCGGUGACAAGGCGUCGGACCUCCGGGCGGCGGCGCUCGGGACGGGCGAGGUGGAUGUUGCGUGUCCGUGGGAUCCGGCCGAUGUCAGGAGGACGGAUUCUAUGCAGGUUUAUCAGGCUUGGCGGUACACGAUUGUGAUUUGA